AUGGAAAUCGCCAAGAACGUGCGCGACUUCCUCGUGGGCAUGAAGGAGACGCUGUCCCCCGAGGAAGACCAGUUGCUCUCGAGCCUGCAGACGCUGCACGAGCAGUACCUCCGCAUCAUGGAUGACUUCUCGCUGCAGGUGUCUGAAAAGGCACUGAGCAUGAGCCCCGAGGCGCGCGUGAAUGCGCACCAGCUGCGUCUCAAGGUCUACCAGGACUGGCGCGCCAAGCUGAUGGAGCGCGUGUUUGACAACUCGAAGGAGAUCGCGUCGGCUGAAGACGCGAAGAUGCAUGAGCCCGGGUGUGACUGCUGCUUCUGCGAGCUCACGCGGCGGUUGAGUAGCUACGAGACUGUGACCGCCGAGUACAUCCAAGUGAGUACCCGGGCCAAGAACCCGGAGAACGACGGCGGCGAGGAGAACGUCUUCGAGAUGCCGGACUUCCUGACCACUUAG